CUUUACGUGUGGUCCUUCACAAUGGGGAAAGCACGAAAACCCAAAAUACACAAGAACAAAGUGAACCCGACCGGGUUGGUUGAUGUCGGUGCCCUUCUGGAUCAGGAAUUAGCAAAUGGAAAAUCUGAAUCCCCCAUCCAUGCUAUCGUGGACCAGCUGCAGUCAUCCAGCACAGAAGAUAAAAUCUGCGGACUGCAAACGUUGGCCACCAUUUGCCAGAACAAUGUGAACAUCAGUGCUGCUGUCGAGACUGACCUGGUUCGAAUUGCCGCUUCAUUGUUGGUCGAUCCGGAUCAGAGUAUUCGGCAUGCCACGGCCGGAGCUUUGCGGAAUCUUUCGGUUCUGUCGGUGGAAAUUUGUGAGUAUAUGGUGGAUCAGGAUGUUCUAACGCCGCUGUUGGCCCUGCUGAAUAAGUACUCGAACACCGAUUGGAAGCCAGUUUUCGAUCGGAACAUGCAGGACCAGAUGGACGAAAAGUCGGAUACCUUCCUGCAGGCCGUCAGCCUGCUGUGGAACCUCUGCGAGAGUACUUCCGUUGCCCUGGAUAGCUUCAAUCAGUCGCAGCUUUUGGAAAGCUUCGUCAGAUGUCUCGAUUGGAAUGUUUACGGGAAGGAAAUCGUCGUUGCUGUCGCCCAAUGUCUGCUGGUCAUUUCGGAGGACAAUGUAGCUUCCUGGCGUACGCUUUGCAACUUCGGCAACGAACUAUCGUCACUACUGCAACUUCCGGACUCGGACAAUCAAAGCAUUCUUCUAAGAACCGUUGCUUCCGGUAUAAUUGCCAACGUCCCAGCUUUGUCGGCUACCUAUUUGAGUCAGCUGUUUUUAACACUAUCAAAAACUCUAGAAGUAAACCAUCGCACCGCUCUGGGAUCGGUGACUAGUUCUCUUCCGCUGAUGUCCCGGAACGAUUUGACUGAGCUGGAAGUGAUCGACGAUGCUCAAAUGGAGGAGGAAUCAGCCGAACAAUCCUUCCAGAGACGGAGGCGUGCCGAUUUACCGUCUGAGGUCGAGGUAGAGAUCAGAAACGUGGGUUUAUUGUUGCAAGCUCAGCGGAUUGCGGCCGAGAUUUUGACCAAUAUUUGCUCGGUCGAGGAGGAGGAAUGGCAGGAAGAUAUGGACGACGACAAUCUGUCGGAGGCUGAGAGUGUGCACGAUUACGAUGCAGCAGACUUGAACAACAGCUUACAGAAUACCGACAAGUUACCGGUAGAGGUCUUGGAAGCUAUCAAGUCGCAAGGCCUAGUGGAAAAGCUUUGGCAAAAGGCACAACCAAUCGCCGAAAACGUUCGACAAAUCCUUGCGGAAAAUGAUAAAAAUCUAUUGAAGCGAGUCAAUAAUCUAAGAUCAUCUUCCAUGCUGUGUCUUCACAAUCUUUGUAAUCACAUGUCUACUGAUGAUCUCGGAGGUGCCGAGGCAGUCUAUCAGGUGUGGCUGGAAUUGGGUCAGCAAGUAUUCCAAGGGCAACAGAAUCCAAAACUUCUAGAAGCGUCAACUUCCUUGAUGAGGGCUACCCUGGAACAUUUGCGUAAAAGUCCUGAUCUGUUCAAACAGAUGACAGACAGUGACCUUCAGCUUAUGCUAAACGGUGUUAAUGAGUGCCAAGAUCCGGAAAUCCGUGCCAACUGGCUUCGUAUGUUGGGAACUCUGGGAUGUCUGCUGCCAGAAGCAUUGAUAAAGUUGAUCAUUGAUUUCGUUAUAACGACGUGUCUAAAAGAGCAAGACAUAUGGACGAUUUCCGAAGCCGUGGAUUCUAUGAUGGACAUUUUUGCCGAUAACGACUGGAAUCAAAUAGUGCAUGAGGUAGGAAUGGUGACCAAAUGCAAAGAGCUGGACCGUCGGAUGAAAACCAAGCUGAAGCAAAGCAAACGGGACCUCAACGAGCGAUAUCCGGCUGUUUGCACCGUGCGAACCAACCUCAGCCGAUUCUGUAAAUAUUUGGAAGCAGAAAUGAAAAAGUUUAAACCUCAAACGGUAUCCUAAAGCAAACAAUCAAAUGACUCCAGUUAGCGUUAAGAAGAGCGUGACCAUACCAACUUAGCGUGUGAUUCGUGUUAUGCCUAAAUCUACAAUCGAGAACUGUAAGAAUUGAACAACUAGUUUUUCACCUCUCUGCCUCUUUUAGACAUUAGAAGUGAUAGAGAUGCACUGAAUGAAGUCUAUAAAUUUUCGUAGAAACUCUAC